AUGUUUAAAUUAAAACAAUCACCUCACUUAUGUAUUCCUUCUUAUCUUAAUCUUCUUUAUCUCUUAAUAAUCAGCAAUUGGAUAAUCGUCUCUAAACUUCAACUCUUUUUCUCUCCUUUUUCUAAUUUUUUUUUCGGUAUCUAUCUUUUCUUCACACACUUUCUUUCAUUCUUUCCUCCUUCAACUUUAUUAUCUGACUAUCUUAUCGACUUCUGUUCAUUUGUAAUCAAAUUGAUUUUUUUUUUAGUUUUUGGAAUAAAUUUCAUUCUUUCUAUCUAUCUAUCUAUCUAUCUAUCUAUCUAUCUAUCUAUCUAUCUAUCUUUCCUACUUUAUAUCUGUUUUUUAUUUUUCUUUCUUUACCUAUAUAUUUCUUUAUAUCUAUCUAUCUAUCUAUCUAUCUAUCUAUCUAUCUCAUUCUUUCUUUAUAUAUCUCUAUCUUUUUUCUUUCUUUCUUUCUUUAUAUCUAUCUAUCUAUCCCUUUCUUUCUUUCUUUCUUUCUGUUUUUUUAUUUUUCUUUCUUUAUACCUAUAUAUUUCUUUAUAUCUAUCUCAUCUGUUCAUAUCUAUCUAUCUAUCUAUCUAUCUAUCUAUCUAUCUUUCUUUCUUUCUUUCUAUCUGUCUCUUUCUUUUAUUUUUCUUUCUUUAUACCUAUAUAUUUCUUGAUAUCUAUCUCAUCUGUUCAUAUCUAUCUAUCUAUCUAUCUAUCUAUCUAUCUUUCUUUCUUUCUUUCUUUCUAUCUGUCUCUUUCUUUUAUUUUUCUUUCUUUAUACCUAUAUAUUUCUUUAUAUCUAUCUCAUCUGUUCAUAUCUAUCUAUCUAUCUAUCUAUCUAUCUUUCUUUCUUUCUAUCUGUCUCUUUCUUUUAUUUUUCUUUCUUUAUACCUAUAUAUUUCUUUAUAUCUAUCUCAUCUGUUCAUAUCUAUCUAUCUAUCUAUCUAUCUAUCUAUCUAUCUAUCUUUCUUUCUAUCUGUCUCUUUCUUUUAUUUUUCUUUCUUUAUACCUAUAUAUUUCUUUAUAUCUAUCUCAUCUGUUCAUAUCUAUCUAUCUAUCUAUCUAUCUAUCUUUCUUUCUUUCUUUCUUUCUUUCUAUCUGUCUAUCUAUCUUUCUUUCUUUCUUUCUUUCUAUCUGUCUCUUUCUUUUAUUUUUCUUUCUUUAUAUCUAUAUAUUUCUUUAUGUCUAUCUAUCUCAUCUAUAUCUGUCUAUCUAUCUAUCUAUCUAUCUAUCUCAUUCUUUCUUAAGUUGCUUAAAAGUUAA